AUACCCCCAGCUCGGGUUCGAACCGCCUUCCCAACAUUCUUAGAUUAAACAAAAAGACCUUACAAGUUUCAGCUUUCUUUCAUAAUCGAAGCACAUUCCGAAGGCGGUGCAAAGAACUUUUGAUUGCAAAAGAGCGAUAUAUAUAUAUACAUAUAGUGUAUAGACAGUCUAUGAAUUGAAUAGGGAGAGAGAGAAGCAACAAUGGCGGAAGAAUCAGAGAAGAGGUUUCAUGCUGUAAUGGACAAACUCUUCCACGCCCCUCCCAAACCUAGAGCUAAAUCAACAACUUCUUCUACAACAAUAACCAACUUCGCCAGUUCGUCUGGAGUUCAGUUGCCAAGAGGCAAAAAACGCCCAAACAGUAUGGUUGAGAGAUUGCAGAAGUCGUUAGUUUCAGGUGGAUCAAUCCAAACUCCGCUAUGCAGACCAUGGGAUCGAGGGGAUCUUUUGAAGAGGUUGGCUACAUUCAAAUCUAUGACAUGGUUUGCUAAACCUAAGGUAGUAAGUGCUGUAAAUUGUGCUAGGAGAGGUUGGGUCAGUGUAGACGUGGACACUAUUGCCUGCGAGUCAUGUGGGGCUCGUCUCUUCUUUACUACUCCGCCAUCUUGGACACAGCAACAAGUCGAGAAAGCUGCAUUGGUAUUCAGCUUAAAGCUGGAUAAUGGACAUAAGCUACUUUGCCCAUGGAUCGACAAUGCCUGUGAUGAAAGGCUAGCACAGUUUCCGCCUAUGCCAGCUGCUGUCUUGGUUGAUGAGUAUAAGAAACGUUCUUCUGCACUCUUGCACCUUUCAGCUCUUCCUGUGAUUUCAUCUUCAGCCAUUGAUUUCAUGGGAAACCCUCAGUUGGAACACUUUCUCAAAGGAUUGUCAAUUGUAGAGUUCAGCAACGGGUCUGCUGACACUUCUCAAACAGAAUACCAUGUAAAUGAAUGUGAUAUGGAAUCUUCUGUCUCGUAUUAUCAGGCACAAAAGCUCAUAAGUUUAUGUGGCUGGGAACCUCGCUCACUACCUUAUCUUGUUGAUGGCAAGAACCAACAAAAUCAUUGUAGUAAAGAUCUCAGUCAUUCGGAUUCAUCCCGUACGGUUUCUAGUGGACAGAAUCUUAGUAUUACUGUCUAUUCUUCUGAAGCCAACCCGGUUGAGGCAAAUGACGAUCCAAUGGCUUCUAGCGGAGUACAGUCUGAUCCGAAGUCUGUUGUUUUAGAUUGUAGACUUUGUGGAGCAUGUGUUGGAUUAUGGUCUUUCUCUACAAUUUCACGACCUGUGGAGUUGUUCAGAUUAGUGGGAUAUUCAGAAGUCAAUGGUGAAAAUGGUUCUACUCAUCACAGAGAUCUUGUUGAUUGUAUAGGCAGGACUCCUGGAGUCAAUGGUUUAGGCAAUGAGACUUGUAAUGAAACCAGAGAAGGCAUACUGAAUACUGCUACAACUCUUUCCACAUCAGUAAAUAAUAGACCAUCAAAUUUGAAUUUGACAAUUGCUGGGGGUCCUCCACCAACAAAGCAGAACUUCAGAGCAAUGAUUUCUUUACCUGUUAUAGGGCGAAAUUUGAGAGCUCGAAUUUCAUCCGGUUCAGAUUUUAGAGAUCAUCUGUGUGUAAAGAAUUCGUUUCAGGGAGGUAAAAAUAACGCAGAAAAUGCUCUUACUGGUCAAGGUUUUGUGCCAGAACAGGUGGAGAUGUUACAGGACGAGAGAUAUGAUGAUAGACAUUGUACUUCUACAAGCACGCUUAGAAAUGAGAAUGACUGUCACAUGUCACUGAAUGGAACAGAUAGUGGUGGACAGGAGUUCCCUGAAACCUCUACACCAGACUUCCUUGCUGAGACAUCAAUACCAAAAUCUUCAGAUUCAGUUGAAGGUUCUGGCAAAGAAGAUGACUUGCCAGAAAAUGCAGAAAAUGUUGGAACAGUUAAUCAAGCAGUAGGAAAUCUUAGUUGUUCUCAAGUUGGAGAUUCUACUAUUACAGCCUCUGAUGAUCACUUCCCCAUCACAAAUUGGGAAAUUAGUGAAAAUGACACAUCAAUGGCGGUUGAGCUUGUAAAUUGCUAUCUUCAAGAGGAUCCAGGAACUGAUACGGUGUGCAAUGCGCAAGCUGAUUGCAGGCAUAGUAGUGCAGUCAAGGCCAAUUUGCAGCAGGCAAACAAUGAUGUGGCUUGUUGCAUAGGGAAGAAUCCAGAGCAAGCACCAUUAGAUGAUGCAAUAGUUUUUGAUCCAAUCAUGCAGCACAGACAUUUUUGCCCCUGGAUUGCAUCAGUUGACAAUGCAGCACCUGGAUGGCAACAAACACUGUAUGCUUUACAACGUCAGAAGGAGUUUUCUUGUCCUUCAUCCAAAGAUGCUCCAUCUUCUUCUUUGAUUGAGGUGGAUGAUCCCGUUUCUUCAAUCAAAAAGCUUUUCAUGUCUCCAUCUGCAAAAAAAGUGAAGCUGACUCAUGGUUGAAGCUGAAAACUGUAACUGAGUUCAGGGGAUAUCAGAAGAUGGUCCCAUGCAUGUUUAGAAUGGGAGUCCUAAACAGUAUAAUUCUUUUGCUCAGAGACACUGAAGAGGUACUCCCAUUGGAAGCUUAUAAGUUGCAUCUUUUUCGUUUUCAUUUUUGACAAGCCCAGGGCUGUAACUACUGUUUUUGGCCUGUUGUAAUAGCAGUGCACGCAUUGCUAAAAAACUGCGCGAGUUAAAGCUUACAUAUCGUAACAUUAUAGUGAGGCUUUUUGAAUAACGGAGUGCAUUCUCUCUCUUAUAAAUUUAGUCUCUUAGAACAUGAAAGAAUAGAUAGGGUUUUGAACUGCUUUCUGUGUCGUUCCAACAAGCUUUUGGAUAAAGGUCGGUUGAAGCUUCUCUUUGCUAAGUUUGGAUUCGCUCCAUUUACCAUAAAAAAGAAGGGAAAAGAAAAAAGUUCGGAUUCACUCCAUCUGUUUAUGUUUUAUGUAAUUCCAUGAUCUCUGUUAGUCUUUUUCUUCCAGAACUAAUACCAGCCCACAAAAAAGAAGUUGUAUCUAACCUCUAUAUGCACUUGUGGGUUAAUGAUUAUUCAUUUAUUGAGUUGAGUCCAAUAUCCAUUUUCUCCAAACAAUAAUAUGGAUUUAAUUUUUUUAUCA